AUGCCAACCAAAAUUCCUCGUGAAGAAGAACAACGCCAAUUGAAACAAUUGGAACUCGAAAUCAAAUAUCAUGAAGGUUUAGAAUGUACGAAAGAAAACAAUCAUUAUCAUCAUUCAGUACCAAUGACAACAACGAAGAAGAUUACCGCACCGAACGAUAUCAAAAUUCCCAAAAAACGUGGCCCGAAAAAGAAACAAAUGACACCGGCACGUGUUGCACGGUUCAAAGUUCGACGAAUCAAGGCCAAUGGUCGCGAACGUGAACGUAUGAAAGGUCUCAACGAACAACUCGAAAUCUUACGCGACACUAUACCCUGCUUUUCACUCUCACAAAAGUUAUCCAAAAUCGAAACGUUACGUUUAGCCAAAAACUACAUCGAAGCGUUAGGUGAAAUGAUUCAAAAUGAUCGUAUACCUGAUAAUACACAUUUUGCUCAAUUAUUAUGCAAAGGUUUAUCGCCGAACACAAUGAAUCUUGUUGCAGCAACACUCUGUUUAAAUCCUCGAAUUUUACAACAACAACAACAGCAGCAACAAGGUCAUUCGUUUUCAGCAAAUAUGAUUACCAUGGAUGAAACGUACAUGUUAUCAUCAGUGCAUCCACGAGUUCGAAAUCCAUUGGAAUUCAUCAAUUUGAAAAAAGCCGGCCACCAUGAGCCAAAGACGAAAAAUCUCAAUAAUUUAACGAGUGAAAGCGAAGAUGAUGGAAUGCUAUGCAGUUCAAGUAGUUUUGAUCAAACGUCAUCCUACGGUAACGAAGCAACGACUAGUAGCAUCGAAGAAGUUAGUCCAACAAGACAUAUGAUCGUUCCCGAACCUUCACACACAUAUUCGAAUGAAUUCUAUCCUGAUGAACAUCAACAAUUUCUACUGAAUAAUCAACAAUUCUACCCACCACCGACAAUCAUGUCUCAACAUCACCCUCAUCAUAAUUUUUAUUAUCCAACACAUUUUUAA